UAAUGAAUUGAAUUGGGCCAAAAAGAGCAUCUUGUUUGAACUCCCUUAUUGGUCGAAAUUGUUGAUGCGCCAUAAUCUUGAUGUAAUGCAUAUAGAAAAGAAUGUAUGCGAUAAUAUUGUCGGGACCUUAUUGAAUGAUCCUCUAAAGUCAAAAGAUACUUUGAACGCACGUCUUGACUUGGAAGAUCAUAACAUUCGCAAGGAGUUGUGGUUGAGGGAACGAAAUGGUAAAUUUGAAAAACCGCAUGCAAAAUAUACCUUGACUAAAGAUGAUUGUAAGGAGUUUUGCAAGUUUAUCAAGUCUGUUCGCCUUCCAGAUGGUUACGCUUCCAAUAUUAGUCGAUGUGUCACAGAUGCAAAUACACUUGGAGGAAUGAAAACUCAUGAUUGUCAUGUAUUGCUUCAAAAGAUAUUGCCAGUGGCGAUUCUUGCAUUCCUCGAUAGGAAAAUACGUAUCACACUAAUAGAGUUCUGUCAAUUCUUUCAGAAGUUAUGCGCAAAAACCUUAUAUGUUAGCGAACUUGAGGACAUGAAAACUGGGAUUGUGAUCAUAUUGUGUAAACUUGAACAAAUUUUUCCGAUGUCUUUUUUUACAAUCAUGGUUCACCUGUGCGUGCAUUUACCAGAACAAGCAUUAUUGGGUGGUCCAGCUCCUCCUAGAUGGAUGUUUGGAAUUGAACGGCGCAUGGGUACUUAUAAGGGAUAUGUGCGUAAUUAUGCUCGGCCUGAUGGAUCUAUUGCUGAAGCUUACGUGGUCGAUGAGGCUAUUACAUUCUUAUCUCGAUAUUUAACUGAUAUUGAAACAAGAUUUACACGCCCAGAGCGCAAUUGGGACCUCUCUAGUGAAGACUAUAAGAUGGACGUGUUUAACCACAAAAUACGAACACUUGGAGCUCCUAAAUUUGGAAAUCUAGGAUUAGAUGGGAAUGUGGUGCAAUGGUACCUUCUUAACAAUUGUGGAAGUGAGCUCGAUGAUUACAUAAAAGAGCAUAAGGAACUUAUUUGCUUGACAAGCUCACGUG